GGUCGCUCCAUCAACCACCGGCACUCAUCAUGUACAAGUUCAUCGUCCUCGCCGUCGUCGUGGCCGUGGCUAAGGCCGGCUACCUGGGCGCCCCCGCCGUGGCUGCCUAUGGCGCACCCGCCUACGGCUACGGUGGCUACGCCGCCCCCGCCUACGGCUACGCCGGCUCCGCCUACGGCUACGGCGGCUACGCUUCUCCCGCCAUCACCUCCCAGCACUCCAACAUCCUGAGGACGCCCGGCAACCUGGGACAGGUGUCCACCUACUCCAAGACCAUCGACACGCCCUACUCCAGCGUCUCCAAGUCCGACGUGCGCGUCAGCAACCCCGGUGUGGCAUACGGCGCCACCUACCACGCGCCCGCCUACGGAGCGUACGCCGCCCCCGCCGUUCACGGAGCGUACGCCGCCCCCGCCUACGCUUCCUACGCCGCCCCCGCCUACGCCCAGGCCUACGCCGCCCCCGCAGCCUACGCCGCCCACGGUCUGGCUUACUCUCCCGCCGCCGUCGCUUCUCACGUGUCUUUCUCCGGUCUUGGAGCUUACUACGGCUACUAGACACUCCUCGUGUCUUCCUCUCUCCCGGGCCCAUCGCUGACGAGUCCUGGAGUGCUUCAAGCCCUUCCCCUCACUUCCUGUCUCUUCCCCUUCUCAUGCAAACUGUUUAGACUUUAUUACUGAGCGAACUGAACUGAACAGACUGAGCAAUUAUAUACCAUUUGUAUAUAAUAUUUAUUAAAUAAAAUUUUUCCAUACAUGUACAAAUGUUAUUUCAAUUCUCCCUUAUUAUUCUAUAUGAAAUAUAGAUCGUAUUAUAUAUCUUGGUUAAAAAAAUUGUUCAGAAUUGCUUGUCUUUGUAGUGUAAAUUACACAUAUAUUAUUAAUUAUGCCAUUGGCGGAAAAAUACGUGGAAAUGGUUUUUACUAAAAGUAAUUAGACUUUCAUGUUUCUUGCAAGCUACUGAGUACGAGGUUAAAGAGUGAACCAUUUUUUGUUAGUUUAGUUAUUAAUGUUUAAGUGGAAAUAUAGAAAACAUGUAGGACUAGAUAAAAGAACAUCUGAGGACAAAUUUAAAUUUCUAAGACUAGGAAGAGCAAUGCUAUAAUCUUAUUUGUAUUAAUUUGUUAAUUUUGCAAGAUACAAAUUUAUAUUUAAAAAAAACUGUUUAUUUUACACAAAAAAUCAUAAAUUAUUAUUGCUUUUCCUAGCAUUGUGUUUAUCUUAAAAACAUUUAUAAAAAUGAAAUUAUUUUGCAAACAUUGCAAUUUUUGUCGGAUCGAACUAAAUACAUAAUUGUUUUCUAAGUAAUACGUCUACAUUUGUGACAGUAUGUUAAUGAUAUUUCGUACAAUAAAAUCUAUUUAUUUUUCAUUUUCAUAUUA